AUGGCCGAGAGCGGCUGCGGCGGGAUACGACAGCAGCAGCAGCAGUGUGGCAACACGCGAGACGCCCUUUUUUUCCCGAGACCUGCUGCUGCUGACCACCGAGUCGUCGACACCUCUCGUUUUUUGUUUUCGCUCUCGUUUCGUUGCGAGUGGAACAACAACGUAGCUCUCCGAGUGCAAGCUCUACGAGCGCGUCGUGUCGUCGUUGCGUUCUUCGUACGCACACCGGCUGCUGCAGAGGCAUCCCGGCAGAAACGGAGAGGCAGAAGUGGCGGUGAUACGUUGGAAGCUGAAACUGGUGAGGGAGUUAUUGCCAUGACUACCACAGGAGCCCAGUACGCUCUAGCAGCAUCCACUGGGGCUGGCAAUACUGGUGGGGGCAGUACAGCAGUGGGGGUUGAAAAGCCAAGUGUCGUAGUUGUCACUACUUCUAAUUCUAAUGGCAGUGCAAGCGCUGCUCAGUCACAAUCCACUUGUACUCAACAACUGAUCACUGUUGUUACCAGUGAUCCAUCCAGUCCUAAUAGCUUACAGCCUAUUCAGUUACUAGUGCAAGAUUCUCUGGAUGCUACAGGAGAUUCAUCAAAUGGAUCUUCUAGUACACAAGCACACGUAACAGCACAAGUAGUUGUUAAUACUACACAUUCAGGUCAGCACACUCUAGUAGAUUCUGAUGCUGCAUCUACCUCUACUGGCACAAUAGUUAGUGGUUCGCCUCAUUACAUCACUGUUACAGGCACCAACGAGCCUUCGACAUACGCGUCCCUCACAACUGCUGUAGUACCAGGAGACGCCGACGCUGUGGGGUCCGAGUCGGUCGCUCAUCCUACCUUUGUACAGUAUGUCGAGGGAGAUGGAUCCACGUAUAUACCGACGAAUGGACAGAUGACAUAUCCAGUGUAUGCUGUGGGUGAGGCGGGAACAAUGUACACUCCCGCCUCGAACCAAUAUUACACUUCAGCCUCCACCCCAGUCACUUAUGCACAAGUCACAGGCUCAACUACAACGGGUCAAUUGUUGUCACAAGGCAACGGGACCUACCUGAUCCAGCAAAGCGUCGUUGAAGGCGACCCAACUCAUACAUUAAUAUCAGCUGCAGCAGCUCGCGCAAGUCCUCAAACUGAAAGUGCCGAAGCAGUGGUGAGUGGUGGUGGCGGUGCGUACUUGAUAAGUGGCAAUUCGGCGAGUGCGCCACAGCCGCAAGCUCAGCCGACGCAGUCGACGGUCGAGGAUGCGGCCACCGCCGCGGCUAACAUGACCCACGCGACUAGGGUGUCCCAGGCCACCGUGCAAUGGCUGUUGGAAAACUACGAGACAGCUGAUGGAGUGUCUUUGCCACGUUCGACGCUCUAUAAUCACUAUCUCCGUCACUGUUCCGAUAACAAAUUGGAUCCGGUGAAUGCAGCUAGUUUUGGUAAACUCAUUCGCUCUGUAUUUUUGGGUCUACGCACAAGACGUCUUGGAACUCGCGGUAACUCAAAAUACCAUUACUAUGGUAUCCGAGUUAAACCAAGCUCUCCACUAGUACAUUUAAACGAGGACGGCACGUCACGACAGCAGCCAACAUCAAAUUCACAAACGAACAAACGAGUCAAGUUCGUCAAUCAAAAACAGUCGGAAACAGUUUAUGAGUCUAACAAUACACAAAUGAACAACAACGCAGCGAACGUUUCACCGAACGCAACGUCACCGCAGUAUCACCAAUAUCUCGGUGAAGCAAGCUGCGCGAUACCUGAAUUCCCCGAAAUUAUCGUUCACGGGUCUCUUCACGAAGACUGUACUCUUGAAGAUAUCGAUACUUUUAGGAGUAUCUAUAGAGAGCAUUGCGAAGCUUUUCUCGACGCUGUACUGAACUUUGAAUUUGCUACGAUUGAAAGUUUAUGGCGUGAAUUCUGGCGUAGUCAGGAUAAUAAUAACGGGGAUGAGUGCGAGGAGGAAAAGUAUCUCUCAAAAACUAAACUUUAUCAAUUGUGCAAGUGCCCUGAAGUUCAAGACUUUAUCAGGAGAGUCGACUAUACGUUUUAUCAGAAUCUCGUUGAAGUGCUUAUGCCUGACGUUUUAAGGCCUAUACCAAGUCCUUUAACUCAAUCCAUUAGGAAUUUUGCUAAAGGGUUGGAAUCGUGGUUGACGUCUGCCAUGAAUGACUGUCCUGAAGAAAUGAUGCAGAUAAAGUUAACUGCUGUAUCAGCGUUUGCUCAAACUCUGCGACGAUACACAUCCCUUAACCACUUGGCGCAAGCAGCAAGAGCCGUAUUGCAGAACAACAGUCAGAUUAAUCAAAUGCUGGCUGAUCUUAAUCGAGUUGAUUUCCAUAAUGUACAGGAGCAGGCAUCCUGGGUUUGCCAAUGCGACUAUGCAGUUGUACAGCGCCUUGAAGCUGAUUUCAAAGUAACACUUCAACAACAAAACUCGUUGGAACAAUGGGCCGUUUGGUUGAAAGGAGUAGUAACGCAGGUGCUUCAGCCUUACGAGGGCAAACAAACAUUUGCUAAAGCAGCACGACAGUUCCUGCUCAAGUGGUCUUUCUACAGUUCGAUGGUUAUUAGGGAUUUGACACUACGCAGUGCCGCAAGCUUUGGCUCAUUUCAUCUGAUUCGAUUACUCUAUGAUGAAUACAUGUUUUAUCUGAUUGAACAUCAAGUUGCCCUUUCUACGGGUACCACGCCGAUAGCUGUUAUGGGAGAUAAGAGCCAGAAUGGUUCCAUGAUGAAUACAUUUGAAUCAAACGGAGAUGCGUCAAACAUGAACCCAUCGAAACGAAUGAAGAUGAGCUAACCAACCCUGUAACACACGCUCAAAGAAUUAGUAGACGAGGAUGAACAGUUGUUGGACAAAGUGUAUUUUUAGCACAAAUUUUUGCGAAACAGGCCUAUUUAUUGAUGCAAGCUAGUCUCACCUGAACGCAAACGUUUUUUAUGACAAAAAGUGCGAACAAAAGCCAACGUUUCUACACUUCGCUCACACCACCAACUAGAUAUCCGUUAAAAAAUAACGCUACUUAAUCAAUUUAUGUGAUAUAACAAGUAAAAGUACAUAAACGAUCACACUAAAAAGCCUUACGCGUAUUUUUUCGUAAAUACGCAUCACAUUUUUUCGGUAUAAUAGGAAGUUACUACAGCGUUUUGAUUUUCUGAGUUUUUCACAAGACUGGGACCAUUGAUAGAUCAGGUUCAAAAUAAAAGUCCAUCCUAAUAACUGGUAUAUUUAUAUUAAUAUAAUUGCUUGUUUUGUUGUGAAAUUACUUAAAUUUUUUAAUAUUUUAAUUUAUGAAAAAAAUUGUUUCGUUUUUCAUAAUUGAUGUGUGAACGUUUUUUUACUGGUAAAAUUGAAAAUUAUUGAAUAAGUUAUAAGUUUGAUAUUCUUGUUUUUUCAAUCUUGUGUUCUAAAAAUUCAUAGAACUUCUUGCGAAUCUACAGAAAUACCGUCAAAUCCGCCCUGUCGAUGACUUAUCAAAAUAUUCCUACAUAAUUAGAAAAAGAGUAUAACUAGAUGAUAUAAAUGUUUUAAGAUAAAAAAUUAACGAUAAAUCUCGAAGCAUCGAUAUUUUUUAUCAUAAAUGCAAUGGAAUACAAAUUUCAAAACAAAAAGAUUCUUAUAAGAGAAAGAAAAUUUGUUAAGUACAAAAAACAAUUCUUACGUUUUUGUAAAUAUUGAGGCAUACAGUUGUUAAAAUUGUUGUAUCAUGGAAAGAUAGUGACUGAACGCUAUAAUUAAUUGUCAAAAAAAAACCGUAAAAGUACUCAUUAAAAAAAAACAUCGUACUGUAAGAUAGGUUUAAAUCAUAAUUCAUAAUACAUGUUAAAUGUAUUUUGUUUAGAGCUGUUCAUAAAUAGUAGGCGGAAAAAAACAAUUUUUUUUCAACGCAGAAAAAACUUAAUUUUAUUUUUUGUAUAUUUACUAUAUAUCUGCGCAUAGGCACUCAAUAUUAACUGCAUGUGAGUACACUUGAAAGAUUAAAUUCAAGUACGAAGCGCACUCUUGAGAUGUAUGUAUCUUUAUGUACAUCUGCAUGAAUUCAAAGGUACUAAUUAUUAAAAUUAGAGAUAGAGCUUAAUUCCAAAAACAUCGAACAUUUUGAAGAAAAAAACGUGAAAUUUAUUUUUACAAUCGUUUUAGUAGCUUUUUCACGAUUCUUCAUUAUUCUAUAAAAACUCGUUCAUUGUGUACUUAACGAAUCACUACUCGAUCAAGAAGAAUCGACUCUAGUGAUGAACGCAUAUGUAGCAUUAUAUACUUUUUAAUAAAUAAGCUUAGCAAGAAUUUAUUUAUUAAAAAAAUGAAAAUGGCAUUGCAUACUAGUCAGAACUCCAUAGACUAAGUUAAAAACAGGGAUUGAAUGUUUCAACGAUAUGUUAAUCGUGAGUUGUAAUUAAAUAUUACAUUGUAAUUAUCAAUCGUAACUAUAGAAUAGACGAAUUGCGCUACUCGAUCAAGAGGACGCAAUUUCUAUACUAUAAUGAGCUUAUACAUGUAAAAAAAUAUACCUAAGUGUACCUAUAAUAUGAAACAGCUUAUUUUAAAAAUGGGGUGUAAAUGUUAUUACUGAUAAAAAAAGAAACUAACAACUUGAAAGUUGAUACAAGUUGUAGAUGUGGAUGAUCGAAGAAGAUAUAAAAGAAAUUAAUGUCACUGGAAACAUUGGCAUGCGAAAUGCAGGAAAAUUAAAAAAAACUCGCUCAUCUGUUAUUUUCAAUAAUGUUCUUCCUUCCGCAAAAAAGAAACUUGAUAUCUCUCUUGAAUGAGCGUAAAAGUGUAAUCUCAAAUCAAAAAAUCGUACUACAACAAUGGAUUUGUCAUUGUGACAGAUGUAACCCAAAUAAAACGGCCUUAAAUGAGUAAUCAUGUUCUUUCCUAAUUAGAAAUCUAAUUGCUCUAACAGGCAAGAAAAGUACUAAAAAAGUAUCUCUGAAAGUAUAAAUUAUCAUAAAAAAGUUGUAUUGUUUGCAAUAGUAACACGUAGCGAUCACGUUAUAUCAAUCUAUAAUUAACAUGUUACAUCAAUUCAACAAAUUAUCAAAUAAUAGUUGUAUUCUCGCAUGCAUUUUCAGGGGUAUUUUUAAUAAGGAGAGAAACAAAAAGCGUUGCAACAAUAACUAAAACGAAUUUUUUGGGUGGAAAUAUAUACAUAAAAAAUAUUUUGAUACUUCUCAAUUUGCAACAGAAAUCAAGAGGAUACUUAACGAUUAUUACUACUAAUUCUGUUAUAAAAAAACAAAACAAAUUGUGAGCCGCAAGUUUAAUUGAGAUUCCAUAAAGACAAGUGUGAGUGUGCGAAUUUUAAAAGAUAAAAAUAAUAUAUGUUUAAAAACCAAAGAUUCCUAUGUGUUAUAAAUAAACAUGUA